CGCAUGAUCUUCAGGCAACAGUUAACCAAACACUAUAGCGCAGAUCUUGCGACCCUGCAUGCUUCAUUCGCUUUCAGUACCCGUACCUGUCCACAACAUUGGGUAAGAGGGGGUAGGCGGUUUGCGGAGGGAGGUUUGCGGGGUAAGAAUCGCCCCCGCCCCCGCAUUUGAAGCGUCCGCCAGCAUCCACAAGGGAUGGAUUCUCCGCAAAAUCAAGGAGAAUUCUAUCUACGCCACGUUCUCCAUGGGAAAUGCCAUUAGUUGGUCAGCAUUAAUUUCUCGUCGUCAAUUCCCGCAAUUCAUUAUAACUUAUUCUGCCCCGCACUGUUCACUCCAAUCCAUUGUCCACUUCAGCACCAUAACUUGAGUAACACAAUACCACAAGCUAGAAACUUUAUACACUUUCCCCUUCUUUUUUACUUCAGGUCAAUUUCUGCAAAUCUCAAAAUGUCCGAAUCUACCGCUCGGUCUGUGAUUGCCAUUGUUGGUGCCUCUGGUACCUUAGGAGCGUAUAUUUUCUAUCAGCUCAAGCAUUCACCAUAUGACUUUGAAAUCCGUACCUUGUCGCGGAAACUCACGCCGCCAAAGGGUGGUGACAAGCAGAAUCACUGUCAAGUUGAUUUUAACAAUGUCAAGCAGCUCGAAGAGGCUCUGAAGGGAUGUAAUUUCCUGGUUAAUUGUAUGGGUACUGAAGGGGCCUAUCACGCAGCGAAGGUCAACCUCGUCCAUGCUGCUGCGGCGGUUGGUGUCUUUGGAUAUAUUACCAGCGACUUUGGGGUUGACUAUAAUUUUCCCGGCAAGCACUUUGACCAUCCUUGUUGGCAUGAGAAGAGGGAUCAUAUUGAGUAUUCUAAAAAGCAGGGGUUGCGCACCAUUGCCAUUUUCCCAGGAUUAUUCCAGGAAGCGCCGUUUGGCGCAUUUGGUCCAUGGCAUGGAUUCGAUCCGGAAACGCGAACAUUCGUCGUCGCAGGAACAGGUCACGAGCCCAUCACCACCUCUAGCAAGCUUGACAUCGGCUCCGCCGUCGCACGUAUAUGCCAUCUCGUCCUUAGCACGGAAGACACUAAGGAUAAACCUCCAACUCAACCGUUGGCUGGAAAAGAUUACAUCAGGAUUGCUAGCCAUAGCAUCACGCCGUACGAGGUCAUCAAAGUCAUUCACGCCCAUGGCGAGACGGAAAACAAAACAAGCGGCGACGACCGGUCCAAGGACUGGAAGGUAGACGCGCUCACCACCGAAGAAAUGCGUGCUAAGUUCCAGUCCACGAUGAAGCUCGUGGUGAUGGAUGAUGUCGCGCGAGCAGCACUUGGUCCCGAAUUCGACAUAGAGUUUGCAAACGAGAUUGCAGGGCGGGUUUUCAGAGCCAUGGGCGACGGAAGCUUGCACUUCAAGACGAAUGACAACGAGCUCCUCAACCCAGGCCAAAAAUAUUGGAAAUGGAGGUCGGUGAGCAAUUUUGAGCGCGACACCAUACCAAAGGCUCUGUUUUAAGAGGACUUGUUGCACGUACAUAUGGUGCAGAGAGCCAGAGUUGAUAUAGUUGUUGGUCAAUUUCUGGUGGUUGCUUAAUUGCCUUUCUUGUAGUCCGUUAAGAUAGUCUGAAU